AUGUCUGACGCUCAGAAUGAUAUUACUUGUGGAUCAAAACUGCCACUCAUUACAGUGGUGGCUAGAGUUGUGACUUUUGUUUCUGCUCUAGUAUCAGCUGUGGUCAUGAAGACUAACAACUCUACCACCGAUAAAUACUCGCUUCGCUAUAAAGAUGUACACUCUUAUCGGUAUGCUCUGUUUACUAUGGUGGUGGGAUUCGCCUAUAGUUUAUUGCUCACUCCCUUUGCAAUAUACUAUCUGAGAAAAGGGAAACUCCUAAUAAACCAAUACGUCUUUCUCCAGUUUCAGCUCUUUGGUGACCAGGUUAAUUCAAUUAUAUUAGCAACCGGGGUUGGCGCAACAUUUGGAGCUACUUCGGAUAUUAGUAGGGCUUUUUCUGGAGAAAAGUUUGGCGAUUUCUUCAGCAUGGCCUAUUUGUCUGCUGGUUUCCUUCUCAUUGCAACAUUAACCUCUGGAGUUUCUUCUGUCACUUCUUCAUUGACCCUUUCUAAGAGAGGAUAA